AUGUCCGAAAACCACAAUUCGUAUCACAAUCACGGGAAAGUAAUGAAAAGUUAUAUCUUAAUCAUUUAUACUUAUAUGUUCAAGACUUUCUUUUCAAUACCAACUUUCAUUAGAUCCCAUAAUAGACUAUAUACAACAACCCCAAUGGUCAGACCAGACAUUCCUAUUCCUCAAACUCCACAACCACCAUAUCCAAUAACGGAACAUGAUGUUAAAAUUGUGGCAGGUUUUGGUAGAGGUUCAUCAGAAUUAGGUAUACCAACUGCAAAUAUUUUAACAACUGAACUUUUAAAUGUUCAAAAAUUAGACCCGGGGGUAUAUUUUGGUUAUGUUAGAGUUAAAAAGGAUGAAUCACAUACCACAAAUGAAAUUAAACAAAGAGAAAAUGGUAGUGAUGUUGAUUAUAAAUAUGGUAAUGAUUUAAUUGAAGGUAAAGAUCUUAAUGUUAUUUUACCUCAUGUUAUGUCAAUUGGAUGGAAUCCAUUUUAUGGUAAUAAAGAAAAAGCUGUGGAAUUACAUAUCAUUCAUGAAUUUAAUUCAACUUUUUAUGGAGCAAAAGUUGAUUUUAAUGUAUUAGGUUAUAUAAGACCUGAAUUAAAUUAUACUACAAAAGGUGAGUGUUUUGAUCUAUAUUUAUAUAUUAUAUGA